UUUCAGACGUAUUGUUUACAAAACAAAUCCUGAAAUUAUUUCUACAGUUUUUCGGAGUUUCUGCAGAUUUUACUUAUAAUUGUACGAUAAAGUUAUGGUAUUAUGGUAAGCCUUACAGAGCCACUAGAUUUCAUGGAAAUCUGCCGAAGCUGCAUGACGAAAAAGCAAAGGAUGCGUCCCCUGUUCGGUUCGAGUAUAGAUUCUAUGCUAAUGGCUGUUGCCAACGUGAAGAUUACAGAAAACGACGGCUUUCCUGCGCAAAUGUGUGUUCAGUGUGUGCUGCAAGUCAGCAGAUCUUUUGCCUUCAAGCAGCAAUGUGAAAAGACGGAUUCCGCUUUAAGGGAAUACCGGGCGCGUGUUGCAGCGACAAACACCAAUUUGCAUGCCGAUCUUCCUGCAGAAGUUAAUAGUGAAAGUGUUGAUGUAAACGAAAAGCAGCAUCAGCUUGCAUUAAUAGAGCUAGAUGCAGAUCAGUCGGGCCUAGAAUAUCAAAUCAAAGGGAGCGAAACUAGUGGUUGUGUUUUUAUUUUGAGUGCUAUUGAGGACUCAGAUGUAAGCAGAAGAAAUACCGAUUCUACAGAAAUAAUUCUUUCUACGGUUGAUUCUCUCCAUGUACCCAUUGCUCAAAAGGAGGAAGUACAAGAAAUGAGCAUUGGAGAAGAGAUUAAGUUUAUAGCUUCACUUAACUUGAACUCAAAUGUUCUUGAUUGCAAUGAAAUUUCUUUGGCAGAGGAAAUCAUCGAACAUGAUCACUACGCAACUGAAACGAGUAGUCCAAAUGUUUGCUUUAUCAAAGCUGACCAUGCUGAAGAAUUACCCAGAACAGUUGGAAAGGCUAGUCAACAGAAGCGAAAUCCUGCCGAAGAAGCCCCACCUCCUCCUUAUGAUACAGCACUUUCUAGCCGUUUUGAAUGUGCAGUUUGUCACAAGAAAUUUGCAGACUCCGGCAAACUUCGGCGUCACUCGCGUACUCACUUGAUCGAUAAACCACACGUGUGCAAGGUAUGCGGAAUGUCUUUUGCAGAAAGUUCUAAUCUGACAAAGCAUCACCGUAGACACACGGGCGAGCUACGGAAUGUCGUCGGUAAGCCAAAUCUCUGCUCGGUGUGCGGCAAACGCUUCAAGUGGGCUACCUCGCUGUCGAAGCACAUGAAGCAUCACACCAAGCGGAAGCUGUUUAUCUGUCCGUAUCAGGGAUGCAGUAAAUAUUACGUAGAGCAGCGGUCGCUCGACAUUCAUGUGUUUUCUCAUGAUGGCCGGAAGCCGUUCAGUUGCGGCUUUUGCAAUAAGGGAUUCACGCAAAAGUGCAAUCUACAGAAACACGAACGGGUACAUACGGGAGAGAAACCUUUCAAAUGCAAUGUUUGUCACAAAAGUUUUGCACAGAGCGGAUAUCUGGUGAUUCAUCAGCGGAUACAUAGUCGUGAGAAACCCUACAGUUGCCGAGAGUGUGGAAAACAAUUUGCUGCUUCAAACGCACUGACAGUUCAUCUCCGGUCGCAUAGCGGCGAACGUCCUUAUGGGUGUGAUGUAUGUAGUAAGCGAUUCUCACGCCAGGAAACGUUAACGAUUCACAAAACUAGAAAACAUCUCAAUGAUCGACCUUUUGCAUGUACGUUGUGCUCGGCCAAGUUCGAAUCUACUGAUAGCCUAACGGCACAUCUAAAAGCUGAUCACGGUGACCGCUAUUAUCAUAUGUGUGCCAGUUGUGGUAAAGUAUUUGCAUCGUUGCAUAGUUUAAAGAACCAUCAGAAAGCUCACCACAAAGAAGGUGAAGUUGACGAAGGACAACCACAACCACUGAUCCAGUUUGUAGUCGAUCAGGAUUUGGUUGGGUAAACCGUAGAUUUGGAAACAUUGCAUACCGGUGGCGUAGUAAAUACCUUUGUUGUAGAUUCUAAUAGCACAAAUCAGUAGACUCGCAGAAAAUACAGUUUAAUCAGUUAGCAAUUAAAUGUUUCGUACUGUACAGGAUAUAAAAAGCGAAAAUAUUUCUUUCAAU